AUGACAUAUGGCUCCGAAGGAGCACAUGUAACCGGUCGCCGAAAUUACCGACCGGGACGUUCUGUCAAGUUAAGGAUUUCACCGACCUUAAGAGAAGGCGCCGCUACAGUACCAAUCAGCGUGAAGGCGUGUGUCGCAGACUUCGUCGUGAACUUGGCCAACAACUUGAAGACGAGUGCUCCAGGAACACGCUACGAUAAACUUCUGAUCACGGUAGUAUCCCCUAGCCAGGUCAAUCAAGAGAAGAAUCUUAGCAACAAGUACACUGCGAACCUCUUGACUUUGUCGGACCUCGAUCAAGAGAAAGUAACGGACUAA